GACUCUUGUCCCUUUCUUCCUCGACGCGAUUCAAAAUUCCUUCUCCUCUCAACCUCCAACGUUGCCAGCACCGCACCGCAAGCCAACCAUGGCGCCUCCUCCUCUCUCCCUCCUGCUCCUCCUCUGCCUCGUCGCCUCCGCCGCGGUCCGGCACGCGGCCGCCGACGUGCCGCCGUCCAACAAGCUCAUCUUCAUCCUGGCGGGCCAGUCCAACAUGGCGGGCCGCGGCGGCGUCGUCGGCACGCACUGGGACGGCCACGUCCCGUCCCCGGACUGCUCCCCGUCCCCGUCCAUCCUCCGCCUCUCCCCCGCGCUGCGCUGGGAGCAGGCCCGCGAGCCGCUGCACCAGGGCAUCGACGGCAACCACACCUGCGGGGUCGGCCCCGGGAUGGCCUUCGCCAACGCCCUCCUCCGCUCCUCCGCCUCCGCCGGGGAGGUGCUCGGCCUCGUGCCCUGCGCCGUCGGCGGCACGCGGAUGGCGGAGUGGGCCAAGGGGUCGGAGCUCUACGAGGACAUGGUAAGGCGGGCCAGGGUGGCCGUCGAGACGGGGGGACGGAUCGGGGCCGUGCUCUGGUACCAGGGGGAGAGCGACACCGUGCGCUGGGCGGACGCCAACGAGUACGCGCGCCGGAUUGGGAUGCUUGUCCGUGAGCUACGCGCCGACCUCGCCAUGCCGCACCUCCUCCUCAUCCAGGUUGGGCUAGCGUCAGGGCUUGGGCAGUAUACCGAAGUCGUGAGGGAAGCUCAGAAAGGAUUGAAGCUUCGGAACGUGAGGUUUGUUGACGCCAUGGGGUUGCCGUUCCAAGAUGGCCAUCUGCAUCUUAAUACUCAGGCUCAGGUCCAGCUCGGACAUAUGCUGGCUCAGUCCUAUUUGACUUAUGGGUAUGCGCAUCCUCGAACCCCUGCACCAUGGUGGCUGCAAACUAUGUUGGCUUGUUGCUUCGUUUUACUUUGGAGGGAGCCAUACACACGUAUUCUUAUAUAAUCAAACAGAGGAGGUGAAGAUGAAGAAAGCCACCUGCUGGCUCUGUGCACAUAAUACUAUACCAACAUACUGACCGACAGAAGGUCAUUAUUUCAGGUCUAUACAUACAUUCAAGAAAAUUCCCCAAAGUGGUCAUACACAUUUUGUUUUCUUUGGUAAACCUGACUAACUCUAGUGUAUGUAAACUCAGUGCAAAGAGUAAUCGACAAUCUUUUUAACAUUGCUUGUACUU